AGCCCUUUACUGGGGGCUGCUCUGUGGGUCAGGGGUAGGGGGCUGACAGUUCAGAGGGUGAGUCAGUCCCUGGUAGAAGCAGCAGAGAUGCACUGUGCUCAGGAGAUACCACUGAUGGAGUCCCUUCUUUCCAUUAACCUUCCCAAGUGCUUCCCCUGGAUGCUCAGUGCUCAGAACUCAGUGACCUGCCUUUAGGGAACAAUGGGGACUGGGCAUUCUGGGGACUCCUAUUGGCCAGACAGAUGGGUAGGUGAGCUUCCUCUCCCCAGAGCCAUUGGCUGGGUACCAAGGCUUGACUUUAUGGAUUCCCAACAGGAGGACCUCAGCCUCUCUGAUGCGUGGGUGUCACUGUACUUUGGAUUCCUGGGGCUGUGUUCUUUGGUAGCCGGCAGCUGCAUUCUCUUCCUGCAUUGGAGGAAGAACCUGCGGCGGGAAGAGCGUGCCCAGGAGUGGGUGGAGGUGAUGAGAGCUGCUACGUUCACCUACAGCCCGCUGCUGUACUGGAUUAACAAGCGACGGCACUAUGGCAUGGACGCGGCCAUCAACACGGGCCCUCCCCCUGCUGCCACCAAGACUGGGACUGACGCUCAGAAUCCAGACCAUCCGUGGGAGUUGGACACCCCUGAGAACAGGAACCAUGCUGCCCAAGACAGUAGCCCCAAGGUGGAGGCCCCCAUCCCCUCACUACCUGAAGUGCAGCUGGUCCCACAGCAGCCCCUAACUUCCCCAAUGCCACGGACCCAGGCCAGCUCCCCACUCCCAAUUCCCACCUUUCAGGAGGUGCCCUUUGCCCUCUCCCUGUGUAACCUACCCCCGAUACUCAACCACUCGGUCUCCUACCCUUUGGCCACCUGUCCUGAAAGGAACAUCCACUUCCAGUCUCUCCCCAUGCUGGCCCAGGGAGACCACUGCUUAAAUACCAGGUCGUUUACUUCAGAAUUGUAGCCUCCUCUCACUGAGGAUGGGAGCUGGAGGUAUCGGGGGGCAGAGCAGGAAACGGAGCUGACCUCAGGAAGGUGGUAUUGACAAAGAGGCCAGGGCCCAUCUG